AUGGCGUUUUCCCGCUGCGGCUCGGUUUCGUUCUUCAUCCUCGCUAUUUUCUUUGCGGUCUUAACCAAUCAGGCCUUUUCCUCUCGCGUCUCUUCCUUCAUCGAGCUUCCGGGCAUCACCCAUGACGUCGAAUCUCACUCUUCCAUCGCUGCCUACUGCGACAGCUGGAGAUUGGCCGUUGAGACCAACAAUGCCGGAAGCUGGAAGGUGGUUCCGACCAAAUGCGUUAACUCCGUUGCAACAUAUUACGACGUAGGCCAGUUCGACAACGAUUAUGACGUAGUCGCUCGUUACGCCAUUGCGUUUGCUAAAACGAUCAAGCUUGGUGGUGACGGGAAGGACGCUUGGGUCUUCGACAUCGAUGAGACGCUUCUCUCGAACCUCGCGUACUACUCGGCUCAUGGUUACGGGUCUGAGCCGUACAACUCAGUUGCAUUUAACGAGUGGGUGGUAGAAGGUACAGCUCCAGGUUUUGGUGCGAGCUUGAGACUCUUCAAAGCUCUCAAGAAACUUGGUUUCAAAAUCAUUCUCUUAACCGGCCGUGACGAGGAUCAAAGGAGUAUUACCGUGAGCAAUCUUCAUGACGCGGGUUACUCCGGUUGGGAACACCUCCUCUUGAGGGGCCACGAAGAUCAAGGAAAAGCAGCUGUACAAUAUAAAUCAGAGCAGAGAGCAAAAAUGGUUAAAUUAGGAUUCAAACUUCAUGGAAAUACUGGUGAUCAAUGGAGUGAUCUUGAAGGUUUUGCUGUGGCUGAUCGUUCCUUCAAAGUCCCAAAUCCAUUGUAUUACAUUCCUUGA